UGACAAACCGGGCCCGCGCGACGCCGCUGCGUAUUCUCUCAGCGAGCUGAUCCACAUAAAUCGCUACCAGUCCCUAUUCUUCCGGGCGCGCUGCAGAAGACGCGGCGUCGUGCACCGCAAGAGUCCUAAACAAAGCCUGGACUAAAGCCACUGCGCGCGCAGCCGCGCACGCGAGAAGACAAUGGCCACCAUGCUCCUCCAGUCCCCACAAGAAAUAAAAAGCCAGUUCCAGGCCUGGGACCAGCAGCUCGCCUCAAGAGAGAGCAUACAACAAGUCGCGCGGCAGGUCGCGCAGUCCGCGCGCCAACAAACGUUCGACGGCGCCAACCUGGCCCCGACCUUAACCUACUGGAGCGAGAUGCUGCGGGUGGCGACGACGCGCUCUACGGUCAUCAAGAAGCACCUGGACGCGGGCGCCGUGCUCGGUGGCGUCGACACGUCCACGAGGGGCGCGCUCGGCGUGGUGCGCGGCAAGCUCGCGGGCGGGUCGAGCACGGCGGACGCUACACGAAGUGCGAGAGUGGUGCUGUUCCUCGUAAAGCAGUACGCCGGUUUGGCUGCUAUAUUAGGAGCGCCGCCGCCCGACGCGCGCACGGCCGCCUUCGCUUCCACAUUAUGCGCGGUGCACCAGAUCCUGGAGACGGCGCCGCCGUCGGAGGCGAGAGCCGGAGCUAGAGCCGCCCUCGGUUCUGAAUUAGAUGGGGCCUGUCUUCGUGUCUGCGUCGCGCACGGGGCACCCUUCAUCUCGUGCCUCGCGGGGCCGACGACGAACGAGGCGGGCCGCGGCGCGUGCCUCUCGCGGUUGAUGGAGGCGCACGGCGCCGCCGUCGCGGACCUGUUUGAAGGAGGCGAGCCCUUCGCCGGCGUGGUCCUGCGAGCGGCGAUUGCGGGCGCGCUCGCGGCGCCGCGGCCGGACUUCGCGAGGUUGGUGGAGGGUCCGGUCGUGGCGCUGCGGCUGGCGAUGCGCCAGGACGCGCGCGACGCCGUCGACGCGUUAAUCAAAGCGGCGGCGGCCGAGGACGCGCGCGCGCGCGAGCUCGCCGGUUUGAUCUGGGCGGCGUUCCUCGCGGGCUGCGAGCCGCGGCUGCGCCUGGCGCUGCUGGAGCUGCUCCAGGCGAGCGGCGCGGGCGACGCCGUCGUCGAGCGCGCGGUGCUCGGGGGCUGGGACCAGUUGUGA